AUGUAUGUGCUUUGCUUCCGUAUGAGAUCCAUGGUGAUUGUUCCUCGUCUGAAAUCACAACUUCUUCUCAUGGGUAUUGAGGAAAUCUUGCGGCAUCCAUUGAAUGCAUUAAGGGUGUGCCUUCCAUCCAUAGUAGAGGAAUUUCUUGGGCAGGCCAAAGCAGCUCGGCUUUUUUCUUUUUCUGAGACCUUUGUUCUUGAUGGUUUGCUGGAAUCAGAACUUUCCAGGGCUUUUGGUGGAGUAGAAAGGCUUGACAUGUUCUUCCCAUUUGACCCAUGCUUAUUGAAGAUGUCUGACAGAUUCAUCCGGCCAAUCUUCAUUUACUGGUCAUUGGUCAGGCCUAAUUAUUUUGGUGGCGAAGAUGAUGAAUUAAGCAGUGAUGAAGAUGUUGCCGAGGAUCGGUUUUAUAGAAACAAAAUGAAUGUUGAGGGUGGUAUAACUGGCACAAGCUUUGACGAGGAUGAUGGAAUCGGCAGAAGUUUUGAGGAGGAUGAUCCUGAUCUUGAUGAAUUUGACUAUUCACUGAACAAAAUGUCCAUCACACCCAAGAAUUCCCUGAAUUACACGUUCGAAGGUCAACUACAGCGACGUAUGCAGAUGCCCUCUAGAAUUAGACCCUCCACAAGUCCCGAGUCCUUGUGA